AUGGCUCGUGGAAAGAUUCAGCUGAAGAGGAUCGAGAACCCGGUUCACAGACAAGUGACGUUUUGCAAGAGGAGAACCGGUCUUCUCAAGAAGGCUAAGGAGCUCUCUGUGCUAUGCGACGCUGAGAUCGGUGUUUACAUGAAGUGUACUGGUGGUGGUCGUGGUUCUUCUUCUGCUACUUUUACUGCUCAAGAACAACUGCAACCCCCAAAUCUUGAUCCGAAAGAUGAGGUCAACGUGCUUAAGCAAGAGAUUGAGAUGCUUCAGAAAGGAAUAAGGUAUAUGUUUGGAGGAGGAGAUGGGGCGAUGAAUCUUGAAGAACUUCUUUUGCUUGAGAAGCAUCUUGAGUAUUGGAUUUCUCAGAUUCGCUCUGCUAAGAUGGAGAUUAUGCUUCAAGAAAUUCAGUCCCUGAGGAACAAGGAAGGGGUCCUAAAAAAUGCCAAUAAGUAUCUCCUCGAAAAGAUAGAGGAGAACAACAAUAGCAUAGUAGAUGCUAGCUUCGCCGCUGUGGAGGCUAACUAUUCUUACCCACUAACCAUGCCAAGUGAAAUAUUUCAGUUCUAG